AGGCACAGUCGGUUCCCUGGGAAAGGUCAUGGUUGGCCCAAUCCACUUCCCUCUCCACAACACCGGAAGUAGCAGAGCAUGUGAGCAAACCAGUGAAAUACUCUAGUGAGUUAUAAAAACAGGGUGUUGUGAGCUCUGUGGUGAUGUUUGCGGGCUACGUGGACAGGGCGGAGCUAGAGGAUGAGCUGUACGGGGAGGAGUCAGAGGGGUCAGAGGUUGAAGACAGUGAACUACAGUUCAGACUCUACAGCCAGCUUCACUACUCCUCUAACCCUGGAGAGAAGGAGGAGGAGGAGGAAGACAGGCGCCUCUCCUCCAGCCACGGAGAGAAGGAGGAGGAAGAGGAGGAAGACAGGCGCCUCUCCUCCAGCCACGGAGAGAACCCUGGAGAGGAGGAGGAGGAAGAUGGGCGCAAGGCCAAACGAAAGCAGCCGUCCAAGUCACGUGAUCAUGGUAACAGAGAUCUACGGCAACACCUGGUGGGGCACACAGAGCAGAAAAAACUACAAGUCAAACCCAACAGGAAACAGCAGAGAGGCGACCCCAGACUCCAAAGGUCGUUCCAGGAGGUGAUAGUCAUCGACUCGAGUCAAGACGACGUCAUCACGGUGUCAGACAACACGGAGGAAGAUGACGGGGUGUGUAGCGCGAAAGGUCAGAGGUUAAAGAAAGGAUCCCUGCAGGCCUCGACCCCGGCACCACAGAGAAAAUCCGCCCCAAAGAGGAGGAGCUCCAGUGUGGACUCUGACAGUCUGGAGAGCUGGAUGAUUCUAGGCAGCGGGAAACAAGAUGGAGACCAGAGCAUCAUACUGAACCUGGAGGGAGACCUUAAAGACGGUGAUGACGGUACCUGGUUGAUAACGGACAGAGACAGAAAGGCUCAGAUCGUUAACCGGAGAGGGGGCGGUCCUCCGGGGAAGCGGGUGGCGAACCGUUACUAUGCCGACAAGAAAGUCACCUGUCGCACCUGUAAGAAGAAUGGACACCUGUCCAAGAGCUGCCCCACGCCCCGGGAGCCGUGUUGCGUGUUGUGCGGGGAGCGGGGUCACGUGAUGUCGUCGUGUCCCAGCAAGCAUUGCAGCAACUGCGGUCUUCCAGGUCACGUGUACGAGGCGUGUAUCGGACCCCACCUGCGCUUCAAAUAUUGUCGCCGCUGUGGCGUUCAGGGACACAUUAACGACGCCUGCCCAGAGAUAUGGAGACAGUACCACAUCACGACUAAAUCAGGUCCUGUAUUGAAGGUAGAAGGAGAGGACAAUGCCAGGAUGAAUCCCUGCUGUUAUAACUGCUCUGUCAGGGGACACUUUGGAUUUGACUGCUCAGUGAAGAGGAUGUUUGGGGGUUUUCGUCCCAACUCCUCCUUCAUCAACCACUAUGACGCCUCCUGGGAGCUGCACAGCCGAGACCGACGGGCACAGUCCAGAGUUAAAGAGUUGAAGGAAGCGGGUCUGUUUCAGUGUCAGCUCUCACCGGACGGUGGCGCCAGAGACGAGCCGCCGGCCAAACGCCAGAGAACCAACUCUAACCGCGUCUCCAGUCCGUACCAGAACUACCCCGCUGAACCUUCCCAUCUCCCUCCCUGCCUCGGGGCUUCCUCUAACCGUACCCAUUUCAGGUUCGGCCGCGGCCAAGUGAAACCCUGGACUCCUAAACACAAGCUAAAGGAUCAUCUCACUCCAGCUUCAGCCAGGCCCAAAUCCAACAUGGCUGACAGGAGCCAGCCGGAGAGUGAGAAAAGGCAGAAGAAGAAACAACUGAAACCGGCCAAAAACAAAAUGGUCGCCGCCGCGGACGAGUCUCUCGACUUCCCCCGAGGACAAGACCCUUCCGCCAAAAAGAGGAAGAAGGGGCACAAGGCCGGAGCCCCCCCCCCCGCCUUCCAUCCGAAGGACCCCCCCUCCCACGCCCCCCGACCGUCUGUUUGGCGCGGCGAAGAAGAAGAAGAAGAGGGAUAACGGGAGGGACAGGAAGGCUGCUAAGGAGGAGAAGAUGGACGCCAUGGACGAAAACCUGUUCCUCAUCAAACAGAGGAAACCUAGGAGAUAACAUGGAGGAGGGGGGGGAACCUAGGAGAUAACAUGGAGGAGGGGGGAACCUAGGAGAUAACAU